CCAAAUGUUCGCUCUCCUUUUAGUACGACGGCGACAACGAAUUUGAGUGGUUCAAAAAUUGCUCCCGGUUUGGUUAUUGAUAGCGGAAAGUAAACCAAUUGUAUCAUAAAUCGAAAUGCUAAACGGUGUUCGCCUUUUUCGACACUCCGCGGGUAAAAUAACGGUGGUGCUCAUUACGCUCAGUGUUGUUUAUGGGGCAAUUAUUUUCCCCCGUGUCCCGGAUGUGCUGAAUCCACCCGUUCCGGACAGCAUGGACCUGCAGGACCAGAUCGAACUGCUGGAGGAUACCGAACAAGACCCGGAGGUGACGCCCGGUUUGUUCCAAGGAGAUAUGGCAAUCGACAACAGCAUGUACAAGUACUGGCGGGUUGGACUGAACUGGGAAGUGUUCCCGGAACGGCGGUGGCCAAACGGGACCAUCCCCUACGCUAUCAGUCCGCUGUACGACAUAGACGAUCGAGUGACGAUCCUACAGGCGAUUCGCACGCUCAACUUCAUGACCUGUGUGAAAUUUGUUCCCUGGAAUGGCAAGGACAAAGAUUUCCUACUGAUUUGGCCCAUCAAGUACCCGAAGGGAUGCUGGAGCUAUGUGGGCAAAGUCGGAGGAACUCAGAUCCUCUCGCUGCAGCCACCGGAUCAUCAGAGCAUCAAUUGCUUGGGACACGAGGGCCGUGCCAUUCACGAGUUGAUGCACGCGAUGGGGAUCUUUCACGAGCAAUCGCGGGCCGAUCGGGAUCGGUUCGUUAAGAUCGUCUGGGAAAAUAUUAUUCCGAGCUUCAAAUCAAACUUCGAGAAGCAAUCGCUGAAAAAUACCACCUACAACUAUGAGUAUGACUACAACAGCAUCAUGCACUACGGCCGGGACUACUUCAGCGUCGCGAAGGGCAAACCAACCAUCGAAACCAAGAUGCCGGGAGUCAAAAUUGGACAGCGACGGUCCGUCAGCGUGACCGACUGCCUGAAGGCCAACGAUCUGUACGGGUGUCUGGACACUUCGAGAGGCACCAGAAAGUACUACAGUCUGUGCAAAACGCUUGGUGGCUGAGCAACGUGGGAGUAGACGCCGAGGGAGGGAGUGCCAUCACAAAUACGUACAUUCAAAAAUCAUCAAUAAAAUCCAUUUAGUUGUUGUAAAGUAGUGUAGUUUAUUUUUUUUCUUCUUUUCUUUGAUUGGAGGAACCAUAAGUAUCGCUACAUGGAAUGUUACUCCCUCAAGCUGGGCGUUCCAAUCCAAAUUGUUUGACAAUAUCCUUCUCUUGUUUGUUUUUUUUUGGUUACUGAUUGCCAUUAUUUCAACUAAAA